AUGCAAAACGUGGGCGAAAGUGCUGAAAUUAGGAAGUGUAAGCAGAGGAUGGGAGAGCUCAGAAAUGCGGGUGAUGGGAGGAGUGUGAGGGAGUUUGGGGAUGCCCAGCGAAACCGGAGGAGGAGGAACCAGAUUGAUGGGCUCAGAAAUGCUGCUGGGGUGCUCAUAAGGGAUGAGAGGGGGAAGGCUGACAUUAUGGCCGAUUAUUUCCAAAAUCUGUUUUCUACAGAGGCAGGGGAUGAUCGGUCGGUGCUUGACUGUUUAACCAGACAAGUUUCGGAGGACCAGAAUUCAAUGCUGGUGAAGGAGGUUUCGACGGAGGAGGUGAAAACUGCAAUAUUUGGGAUGCACCCUGACAAGUCCCCAGGCCCGGAUGGGUUGUCAUCGGCUUUCUUCCAAACGCACUGGGAUGUGGUGGGCGAAGAGGUGGUGAAUUUCUGCAAACUUUUUCUUCAUACUGGGAGAUCAAUUAUUGAUAAUGUUCUUCUUACUUUUGAGUCAAAUCAUGAUAUGAACCGUGUUCAAGGGGAUAGGGGUGGUUAUGGGGCACUAAAGGUGGAUAUGAGUAAGGCAUAUGACCGGGUGGAGUGGGGGUUUCUAGGGCGAGUUAUGACUAAGUUAGGUUUUAGUGAGAGGUGGGUGAGCUUAAUGCAUGAGUGUAUCUCUACAGUUCAGUAUCGAGUUUUGGUGGAAGGGAAAGAGUGGGGGCCUAUUGUUCCGACUAGGGGGUUAAGGCAAGGGGAUCCUUUGUCUCCAUGUUUGUUUAUCCUAGUAGCGGAGAGUCUCAGUGCCAUGUUAAGGGUUCAGGAGAUGGAGGGUGGUUUGCAAGGGGUGAGAGUGGCUCGGGGGGCUCCUCGUAUUUCUCAUUUGUUCUUCGCGGAUGAUUGUCUUUUCUUUUUUAGGGCAAAUAAUCUCGAAGCUGGGAUUAUUGGAGAGGUUUUGAAGGAGUAUGGGCGGGCUAGUGGGCAACAAGUGAAUUUCGUGAAAAUAGCUAUCGUUUUUGGGAAUAAUGUGGGGAGGGAGGAUAAGGAGGCUGUUUUGGAAUCCCUUGGGAUUACGGAACAGCAGGGUGGGAGGAGCUAUUUGGGGCUACCGGGUUUUGUGGGGCGACGUAAAAGAGAGAUUUUAGGUUUUAUUCGGGAGAAGGUUCGAAACAGGAUUCUUUACUGGGGUAACCAGUUUCUAUCUCGGGCUAGGCGUGAGGUUCUUCUCAAAACUGUUCUCCAAGCUAUCUCGAACUAUGCUAUGAAUGGCUGGAAUUUUAUGCACAAACCUGAUGCGUUGGUCACUCGAGUUUUUAAGGCUCGAUACUUUCCCAACUGCUCUUUCCUUGAUGCUAAGCCGGGGUCCAAUCCCUCUUUUGUUUGGUCGAGUAUCCGUGAAACUCAGAAUAUGUUACGGGAGGGGGUGCGAUGGGGUAUUGGGAAUGGGGAACAUGUGAGGGUGUGGGAGGAUCCGUGGUUGCCAAAUGAUGCAAAUCCUUAUGUAUCUACCCACAACCCUGGUUUUGAGUCCUCUACUCUUGGGGAAACAAAUGGUUUGUAUUUUGUGCGUAGUGCCUACCGCAUCUUGACUGAAAUGUGUGUUACGGGUAAUGGGUAUGAAUGGACUGCCGUAUGCGACCUAAACUUGCCCCCUAAGAUUAAGUGUUUCUUUUGGACUUUAUGCUCAUUGCGUCUCCCUACUAAGGACGCUUUGAUGGUGAAACAGGUUCGAUGUAAUCCUUUAUGCACCCUCUGUGGAUUGGAGAAUGAAACUGCAGUUCAUGUGUUUGCAAAUUGUGCCUUUGCACAUCUUUGCUGGCGUAUUUUAGAACCGGCUUGGGUGCUGACUGAAAUGGAUUCUAUUGGGCAAUGGGUUCAGGAAAUGUUUUUGUCUUUGUCUCGGCAGAUGGUAGAGAAGGUAAUUGUUGUUUGUUGGGCACUGUGGGAAAAUCGCAACAAUAGUGUUUAG